CUUGCCUCUCCAGCUCCUUGUAUCUCCCCAGAGACCCCAAAUUGAAGAUUCCGUGGGUCUGCACCAUUGGUGGGCAUAGCAGAGCCUGGAUGGAGGCUCAUCUUUGGCAGCUGCCCCAAAGGCUGCUCCUGCUGGGGGCAGCUGCCCUGACUGUGUCUGCUUUGGAGACAGCUCCAGGGUCCGUGGUUUUCUCUGCAGCCGACCUGGUGGCCCUGUGCGGGCAGACGUGGCAGGGGGACGGGCUGCUGCUGCGCUCGCAUUCUGCGUCCCGCAGAUUCUACUUCGUGGUUCCCGACACCGACUGCGGGCUCUGGCUAGAGGCGGCGGCCCCUGGCGACAGGAUCCGCUUCCAGUUCCGCUUCUUCCUGGUCUACAGCCUGACCCCAGCGUCCCCGCCGCCCCCGGCACCCAGCCCUUCGGCCGACCCCUGCGCCCCCGGCUCCUUCCUGCAGUUCUACGAGGGCCCGCCGGGGGCGCCCCGGGUCCUGGGGGCCCCUGUUUGUGGCCUGACCAUCCCCGUCCCCGUGGCGUCCUCUGGACCUUUCCUAGGACUGCGCCUGGUCACUAGAGGUCGCCAGCCUCGCGUGGACUUCGUGGGCGAAGUCACCUCUUUCCGGUUAGGAUCUUGUGGUGCCUACUUCCGCUGUGGGAAUGGCAGAUGCAUCCCUCCGAGCCUGGUGUGUGAUCACUGGGGCAUGGACAACUGUGGCGAUGGCAGUGACCAGAGCUCUUGGCCACCAGCUGACUGUGGAGGUCCCUCUCUGGUGGCCAGCCAGACUGCAAGUACGGAUGCCGACACCUCCAAGGCCCUGACUCUCUCCCCGCCUUUUGGGUCUGCAGGCCCCCUCUGGAUUGCAACUAAGAGGAGCCCCCCAGCAGGCAGGGACCCAGUACAACAGAAUGUAACUUCAGAAGGCAGGUGGCUUUUGGUUAUAACCCCCUCCUACACAUGUCCCUCACCAGGUGAUGGGAAUGGGAACAGCAGGCCCAGGCUGAGGCCUGAGCGGACCCUCUCUUCCUGCAGGCCCCCAUCUCUGGGGGGUGGCCCUGGCUUCCUCGCUGCUCCUGGCCUCCACUGGCCUCCUUGUGUGUUUCCUCUGGUGCUGCUGUCGCCCCGGCUGGUUGGAUUGGCAACGGCAGCCGGGUCCCUAUGACCUCUGCCUCAGCUGUGGCGCAGCCUGCACCACCUGCUACAUGUAUCCUGGCCAGGUCGCCCCUGGGGGGCUGCAGCUGAGUGGACCAGCCUUCCAGGAUCAGGGAGGCCACCCCUAGAAAGAACUGUGUGCAUCAGAGGAAGGAGGCUAUGGGGUAAGACAGACCCUGGGUCCUAAUCCCCAGUUGGCUGUCUGACCUUGGAUAGGUCACCUAACCCUCUGAGACUCAGUUGCAGACUGAGGACAAUUGCUGCCUCACAGGGCCACUAAGGGACAUGGGAGGUAACUUGUCACAGCAAACCCUGCAGGUCAGGUGGUGGCUGGCAUUGUGCUGGGCCAGGGAAUGGCAGGACCUCCAUGCCCAGAGCGGGAAGUGGGGGCC